AUGGCUCUCGAUCGUGUCGUCAGCUUGAUUCUGCGUGCUGCAGAGCUGGUAUUUGCAGCCAUCGUUGCAGGCGUCAAUGGCGAAUACCUGCACAAUGCCCGCGGCGCAAGCUCAUGGCAGCUCGGCCGGUUCAUCUACACUGAAGUCGUUGCCGCGCUGGGAAUAUUGUUCUCUCUGCUGCUCCUCAUUCCAUUCUCGAGCACUUUUGUUCACUGGCCUCUGGACAUCUUCAUGUCCAUCAACUGGUGGAUCGUCUUUGGUCUGCUCGUCGAUCUCAUUGGAAACUCUUGCGGCCGUGUAUUUGACUGGGACAAUGUGCAUCCAGUUCACGGAGAUCAGUGUGGGAAGACCAAGGCCGUGAUCGCCUUUAGCUUCCUGUCGGCACUUCUCUGGCUUGUUUCGGCUCUCGUGGGCUUCUUCUGGGUGCGCCGACGUGAGCGUACCGUUGCCCGUGCUGAGGCGGCUCACCAUAACCGCCGCCGGGGCCCCUGGUUCCGCAGCCGUGUCUAA